GGCAUGCACCACAGCCUGGAUUCCAUCCAUGCACUGGGGGCGGGGGAUGUUGACAAAAGGAGUCACCUGCCCUUCAGCUCCAGAGUGACAACAGGGCUGUUGCAGGAGGUAAAGCUCCUGGAGCUGAGGGCCCCUGCUCCACCUUGGGCAUCUGGCCCCCCAGCAUCACGAGCUUUGCUGGCCAGAUGCACGGUCCCUCUUGUCUCCGUCUCUCUGUCUCCUGCCAGUAUCUAGGAGGGACCUGGAAUACUGAGGCACGGUAAGGUCCUAGCUGAAGGUGGCUUUGUUCCUGAAGUGAUCCUUAUCCAGAGGGAGCAGUUUAGGGCACAGAAGCCCCUGAAGAGAGGGUGUUGGAGUGGAGACCUGACUUAGCUGACUGUGAGCCUAGUUCUACCAGGCUCAGUGCCUACCUGCCCCUCCCAGUAGGCGUGGGUCAGUUGUGGUGGCAGCCCCCAGCCAACAAUAACGGUGGUGGGACCUGGGGCAGCAGGACUGGGUGAGCCGGCCAGGCAGGUCCCUGGUCUGUGUGCCAGGGGCCACCCCCCUCUUGGUCUCCAGGUAGUGUCCUAUAGGCCCAGCCUGUUGUUCCACUUGAGAAGCAGAGGCCACAGGGCCCCCAGCAUUGUGUGACAAUCAGGCCAGCACUCAGCACCCAGCAGAGGCAAGGUUCCUGUUUUCAUGGCUACUGGCAAGCCAGGGGCUGGGGAAUCCCAGGAGGAGGAGGAGGAGGAGGGGGCCUCCACUGGACAGCAGGCUGCCAUGCUGCAGCAGGCCCAGGAGCUCUUCUUGUUAUGUGACAAGGAAGCCAAAGGCUUCAUCACCCGGCAGGACCUGCAGGGCCUGCAGAGUGACCUACUCCUCACACCUGAGCAGCUGGAGGCUGUGUUUGAAAGUCUGGACCAGGCCCACACUGGCUUCCUCACUGCCCGGGAGUUUAGCUUAGGCUUGGGGAAGUUUGUGGGGGUGGAGUUGGCUCAGGGCAUGCAACCCUCCCGGACUACUGAGGAAACCUUUGAAUCGGGCUGGUCAGAUGUGCAGGGCACCAGGGGUUCCCUGGAGGAGGAGGAGCAGGAGGAGCAGGAGCAAUUUUGCACUGCACUGGAGCAGCUGGGAGUGGCCCGGGUCUUGGGCAAGCAGCCGGCUGUGAGGGCACUGUGGGCCCAGCUGCAGCGCGAGAGACCAGAGCUGCUGGGUUCUUUCGAGGAAGUUCUGAUGCGAGCAUCGGCCUGCCUAGAAGAGGCAGCCAGGGAGCGCGAGGGCCUGGAGCAGGCACUGAGGCGGCGGGAAAGCGAGCAUGAGAGGGAAGUGCGUGGCCUCUAUGAGGAGCUGGAGCAGCAACUCCGAGAGCAGCGGCAGCGCCGCAGGCAGAGCCAGAACCUACCCCUGGAGGAGCGAAGGGGGCAUCUGGAGCUGGAGCUGCAGAGCCGCGAGCAGGAGCUGGAGAGUGCUGGCUUGCGGCAGCUGGAGCUGGAACGGCAGCUACAGGCCCGGGCUGCAGAGCAGCUGGAGGCGCAGGCCCAGAACACCCAGCUGCGGCAGGCUUGUGAGGCACUGCAUGCACAGCUGGAGGGGGUGCAGGAGCAGCUGCACAGACUGGAGGGUGAUGCUCGGGGCCGCCAGGAGCAAACACAAAGAGACGUGGUUGCAGUCUCCAGGAACAUGCAGAAAGAGAAACUCAGCCUCCUACGGCAACUAGAGCUGCUCAGGGAGCUGAAUGCACGGCUUCGAGACCUACGAGAUGAGAGAGAGACCUGUGAGGCCAGGCUGCUCAGAAGCAGCCACAAGAAGGCUCUGGCCACAGCCCGCUUGCCUGGGCCCACCUGCUGCUGCUGUUGCAGCUGGGCUAGGCCCCCCAGACGUGGGUCUGGCCACCUUCCCAGUGCCCGAUAACCAGCUCCAAGUGACUCCCUUGGCAUUACCUGGAGGAGCUGCCCCCUGAAGGCUAUUUGUCUUGGGAGGAGGCCUACCAUUCAGGGUGUGGGCUCUAGCCCACAAAGACAUGCAGGAACUAACCUGUGGGUGGUAAAGGUCUCAAGGGUCUCAUGUGCCCCUGCCAGGUGUGCCCUUGCCAAUACUUAUCCUGUUCCCUUGUCCCAGCAAGGGAAAAACAAGCAAAACAAAAACUCCUGUAACGUC